AUGAAUUAUUUCUUUGGUUUCGAAAGUUUUCACUACCAGUGUUUUAGUUGGUUUUCAGCUAACCUGGAAUCUUCAAGGAUCGCAAUAAAUGAACUAGGACUACCCGCAAUAGAGCCAGUGUUAACAUCCAUUCGAUGGGUUGCAAAACGGUUUUCAAAGCGGAUAAAAUACGGUGAUCUGGUGAGUGUACAAACAAUACCAGUUGAAGUCUACGAUUGGUGGUUUCCUCGAAGUUGUGAUUCUUCCGUGACUAUAGACACAGAUGUUCACGAUCUUAAAAAAAACUAA